AUGGCGGCGCCGCGCGCGGUGCUGCUGCUGAGCGGGAAGAGGAAGUCGGGGAAGGACUUCGUGGCCGAAGAGCUCCGGAGCCGGCUGGGCCCUGACGUGUGCACCGUCCUGCGCCUCUCCGGGCCCCUCAAGGAGCAGUACGCCAAGGAGCACGGCCUGGACUUCCAGCGGCUCCUGGACGCCAGCGCCUACAAGGAGACAUUCCGGCAGGACAUGAUCCGCUGGGGAGAGGAGAAGCGCCGCGCCGACCCCGGCUUCUUCUGCAGGACGGUGGUGGAGGGGGCGGCGCAGCCGGUGUGGGUUGUGAGCGACACGCGGCGCCUCUCAGACGUGGAGUGGUUCCGGGACGUCUACGGGGACGCGGUGCAGACCGUGCGGGUGGUGGCCACCGAGGAGACGAGGAAGAGGAGGAACUGGGUCUUCGUCGCCGGGGUGGACGACGCCGAGUCCGAGUGCGGCCUGGACCAGGGAGUGACCUUCGACUGGGUGAUCCCAAACGACGGGGACGAGCUGUCCCUGGCCGAGCAGCUGGAGACGCUGCUGCGGUCGCUCCGCCGCCGCCUAUAGCUCGGUGACCCUCUGCGGGG